AUGAAGAGAACAACCUGCCAGGCAGCUCAAAAAUACCUAAAAGCUCGUUCUGCACUGCACCAUUACUCCUCCCUACGAAAAAUUGCUGGCGAAGUUGGAGACUGUGAGGGCGAUCCUGAACAGACCAUUAACAUUAGCAGAGAAAAUCCUAUAUAG